GCUCAGGGCCCUCGGCGUGUCCUGGCAGCCCCCACAGCUGCAGCCCUGUAACUUUAAACCUGGCCUGAGGUCAUCGUUUUCGCGCUGGCCAAACAGAGCAGAGGGCGGUCCUAGUGAGCCCCGGCUGAGACCACCUUACAGCGGGAGCGCGCCCGUCCUUCUCGGGAGUGAUAAAUGCUGACUCCGCUCCCAAAGUUUCCAACUGCAAAGUUUGCUCCUCCAGCUGCCGCGGGCGAAGGGAAGCUUGGGGACACUACCCGCGCUGGAACUUUUGCUCCCUGCAUUCCAGCCCCCACUUUCGCGCUCUGCCAGGCGAGGGCCGGUGGCUGCAGAUUCUUCCUCUUUCCCGCAGCACAAAAACUAAGCGGCUCGACCCCAAAGGGAACAAGGGAACGAAGACGAUGUGGAAGGUGCCAGUUCUGCUGUUGGUUUUGGGAAGAGCAUCGCUCUGGCUUGUGGCAGGAGCCCCCACGUUCCCACCAGAAGAUGACAUCGUGACUCCAGGUGCAGAAGAUAGCACGGUGACCCCAGGUGCCAGUGAAGAGCCCUAUGGGACUGCUGGCUCGACAGCUGUGGUGCUCACAAGUACAAAGAGCAUUCGUAUAGAGGAUCUGCCAACUUCAGAAAGCACAGUCCAUGCUCAGGAAGAAAGCCAGAGCACCACAACCGUGUAUGUGGCCACUAGUCAUUCCAUCGAGGGCACACAGACAACAGUUGAGAAAGAUGGCUUGGCGACAGGGACCCUGAUUGGAAUCAUAGUUGGGGUCUUACUAGCCAUUGGAUUCAUUGGUGGGAUCAUCAUUGUGGUUGUGCGAAAAAUAUCCGGAAGGUACUCGCCCUAAAGAGCUGAAGAAUGGUGCCCUUCUGCCAACAUGUUUAAAAGCGAGAGUAUCCGACCGCCCCCAUCCCUGAGCAUGUGGGAGAAGAUGACCCAUGGAAAGCUCGGCCACCCCACUCAAAAUCCAUGGUGAUUCCUCCCCUUGCCAAAAGUAACUGCAGGAAAAAUAAUGCACCAGACUUGUUCUUCUAGCAUUUGUCUUUUGAGAAUUGUUUUUUUCAAUGUAAAUCUUGUAAAAGAUGGUUUAAAAGACAAAAUGCAUAGAAAAUGCAGCAAAACUAUGUAAAUUGAUUUGUAACUAAGAUAGAUAAUGUAAUUCCAUUGAUGUUAGAAACUGUAAUCAUGCCUUGGUUCUGACCAUUCUCUGUCAUUUGAAAUGCAAAGGAAUCUAAAAAAAAUAUUUAUACCAGUGGAGUCCUUGUGUCGAGUGCUGUCAGUAAGUGGCAUAAGCAUUUUGCAAUUUCUGAUCUGUUGAAAUGUACACAUUCCAGUCUAGUUUGGCCUAUUUUUUAAAGCCUGACUUGGUGUGAAUAAUCAAGUCGGAAGCCUAAACUUGGGUAAUUUGUAAUGAACAGCUGCCUUUCACUGCCAGAUAAAUAAUUUCCCAGGCAUCCAUUUUAGAUCAUAAACAGGAAGUCCAUACUUUAGAGAAGCCAUUUUAUUUCUCAUAACAAGGCCACCCAGGCAGCCUGUAGGCUUGCUUUACCAUCUUCUCCAGAUGACACGAUGACUCAAAGGUUUGCUCCUACUUGCCGCCUUCACUUCCCUCAGAUGAUGGGGAGCCAGGGGUAAGGGGGUGGCCUCUCAUUCACAACUCCUUCAGAUUGGCUUCUUUGUUCUGGAAUACAGAUAUCUCAGCCCUGAUGAUGGCCAAAGAGGCUGACGGGGGUCCAGUGGUGCCAGAGGCCCAAGUGUUCCAGAAAUCAAGAACCCUGGUAGUCCCCAAACAGAAAGAAACCCAGCGUGUGCCUCUGGUAUGGGAAAUAGAACCCACCAACUUCCUAACAUUAGUUUUAUGCCUCAGAGGAAAGAUUUGGGAAGCAAAAAUAAUCUUAUAAAAUAUUAAUUUUUAAAAAGCAGCUGGAUUGAAAAAUAGAAGAUAUUCCCCCAUCUUCAUAUUAUAUCACGUGUUUCUGUGGGGUCAUAAUUGAGAGGAUCAAAAUAAAGAAGCCUAAGCCGCCAUUCUGUGUUGGCACCAUCCAGCUCAGUGCAUUUCUUCCCAGAGGUCAACUGAACGCUUUUCCCAAAAUGAAAAGUUUUUAUACUGCACAUGUGCUCUGCCAUGACUGUGAUUGUGCAGUUCUGAUAUCCUCUAAACUUACAUGAGUUCAAAAAACAGGAAAACGUUAACUAUCAGUCAGAAAGCACAGCCUGAUCCUCCCAUUUUUUGCAGUAACGUGUGGAUAUUAUUUUAAACGGUGUGCCCUUCUGUUGCCCAAGUCCAGCUGGUCUACCAGCCCAGGUUCCAUAUUUAAACAUCAACUGAUUGAGAGAAGGGGAUUUAGAAGAGCUUUUAUAAGCUUAUUGUCUUUCCGUUUCAUCACUCAGAUUCCUGAACAGGAGUUGGGAAUAAUGUCUGUUUCGUCUUUCCUAUCCUUUUUUUUUUCUCUCUCACUGUGAAAAAUAACAGUCCACACCCCAAGUCGUACACUGGACCCAUUGCCUGCUGGAACAGGACUGUGGGUUUCUUAGUCACAUCUGUGUUGAUGCUCAAUACAGUGUAGACAUGUUUUAAAAUAAAACAGAUGACUGCGUAAAA